UGGGCAAACACUGAGCGAAAGUUCGAAAACGUCACUGAUUGAUUAUUGACAGCAAAACUGCAAACACGUAUACGAUUUCGCUACCCGCAACAUGAGCGCAAAGAAAUAUCUGAAGACCGUGCCUUCCCAACAACCAGCACAACCUGUUGCCAAAACAGAAAAAGAGGAGCAGCUUUGGAACGCCCUGAAGCGACAUAUUAUGAGAGAACGCGAACGAAAAAAACAGGAGUUGGAAGCCGAGGUUGAGGAGGAGCGUUUACGAAAGGAACGUGAAGCUAGGGAAAAGCAGGAUGUGAUGACAUUGGGUGAAACCAAGGAACAAAUCCAGAUGCUGGAAAAGACGCUACAGGAACUGCGCAACGAGAAGCAGCAGCUUUUCCUGCAACUGAAAAAGGUCCUGAAUGAGGAUGACAAUCGGAAACGACAAAUGAAGGAGUCGGUCGAAAUGUUUGCUAUUCAUAAUAUACCACAGCAGCAAAUUUUUAUUCCUCAGCGUAAUACGACGGCUAUGCCUCCGCACCAGCAGCAUUUAAUACAUAAGGCAAAUCCACCGGUCAACGUGGUGAAACGAACCCACAGUCCAUCGCCGCAGGGCUACUACAAGCAGCCUAAUACAAACCAGCAGUAUCCCCCUCCCCAGCCACAGAAAAUCGAGGAAGGUAGACGGGGCCCGGGUGAAGUGGCCCGUGCCGUUCUAUGGAACAAGCCGCAGUACUGCCCACCGGCAACGCUGUUCUAUCCCACGGGUGCCCCGCCACAGCAGAACCCGCAAGACAACCGUCAACCCCAGACGCAAAUCAUCUAUCCCUCCUACCAAGGCAACAUGGCCCCGAUGCCCAUUCGUCAGCCGUAUCACGUGGACCUGCCACCCCAGCAAGGGCCACCACCUUCGACGUCUCAAAAAGGACCGGAUAUGAACAAACCAGUACAGGCUCCGCCACCUGGCAACGUAUAUCAUAUCACGUUAGAUCAGCACGGAAAUCCGCAACCAACUCAAAAUCCCGGUCCACCACCACAACUGAAGGCCAUAACGAUCGAGAAAAUUCCACAAGAUCGUGGCGUUCCAUAUCACAUCGAACUGAAACAUGAUGAUCGUAAAGAUAUGCGCCAAGUUCAGCAGCCACCUCCGCAAUCAUCACAGCAAACUACACACCUGCCAGAAGGAAUUGUAUACACUUCAGCACUUCGUCCUGGGGUUAUUCCGAUGCAUGCGAUUGCCUCGAAUCAGCAAAUGCCAAAGGGUGGCAGCAUUACACAAGGAUAUCCACCGGUGCGGCCACCGCCGAUCACCAAUCCGCAGCAGCCGUCGCAGAUGCACUAUCAGAGACAUCGUUACUAACGUAUAACGUUAUUACAUUAUGCAGUGUGGAUUUUUACGAACAGCAUUUGCCUAUCUCGUAAUAAUAACGUUAUUUUACAGUUUAGAUUCGAAGUUGAAGAAAUAAUUCGCUAAAUACACCAAUGUUGCUCUACGGCAACAGGGAUCGAUAGUUGGAUGGAUCUCGUACGAUUAUUGUCCACUUUAUGCCGUUGGUAUCAGUCUUUCUUCGAUAGAAAUAAAAAUGCGUAACGAUUAGA